CUCUUCACUCCUCGCUCGCCCUUCCCGCUCUCCCUCUCUCGCUGUAUUUAACCCGACUGUUGGCCUCGCGGCGCAUGCUGGCAUUGGCUGCUUUGCCAGUCUAGCGUCUCUGCUGUCCCCUCUCCCUCUCGCGCCCCCUCCUCUUGCCCCGCGGGCGCCCGCUCUUACCCUCCCUCCUCCGGCUCUCCCAGGCUCACUCGCACCCUAUCGGGAAGCUGCAAGCCCAGACCUCUACGCGGGAACAACUUAACGUCUGCGGGUUGGGUAGGUGAGGCAGAAGGAGUUUCAGCGGCGAGAGCCACCAGCAAGGAGGUCCGGAAUAGCAUGGCCCAGAGAAGUGCCUUCCCUGCCGCCGCGCUCGGGCUCUGGAGCAUCCUCCCGUGCCUGCUAGUGCUGCGGGCGGAGGUCGGGCAGCCGCGGGAGGAAAGCCUGUACUUGUGGAUCGACGCUCACCAGGCGAGAGUGCUCAUAGGAUUUGAAGAAGAUAUCUUGAUUGUUUCAGAGGGGAAAAUGGCCCCUUUCACACAUGAUUUCAGAAAAGCACAACAGAGAAUGCCAGCUAUUCCUGUCAAUAUCCAGUCCAUGAAUUUUACCUGGCAAGCUGCAGGGCAGGCAGAAUACUUCUAUGAAUUCCUGUCCUUGCGCUCCCUGGAUAAAGGCAUCAUGGCAGAUCCAACCGUCAAUGUCCCUCUGCUGGGAACAGUGCCUCACAAGGCAUCAGUUGUUCAAGUUGGUUUCCCAUGUCUUGGAAAACAAGACGGAGUGGCAGCAUUUGAAGUGAAUGUGAUUGUAAUGAAUUCUGAAGGCAACACCAUCCUACAGACACCUCAAAAUGCUAUCUUCUUUAAAACGUGUCAACAAGCUGAAUGCCCCGGAGGGUGCCGAAAUGGAGGUUUUUGUAAUGAAAGACGCGUCUGCGAGUGUCCUGAUGGAUUCUACGGACCUCACUGUGAGAAAGCCCUUUGCACACCACGAUGUAUGAAUGGCGGGCUUUGUGUUACUCCUGGUUUCUGCAUCUGCCCACCUGGAUUCUAUGGAGUCAAUUGUGAUAAAGCAAACUGUUCAACUACCUGUGUUAAUGGAGGGACCUGUUUCUACCCUGGCAAGUGUAUUUGUCCUCCAGGACUAGAAGGAGAACAGUGUGAAAUAAGCAAAUGCCCACAACCCUGUCGAAAUGGAGGUAAAUGCAUUGGUAAAAGCAAAUGUAAAUGCUCCAAAGGUUACCAAGGAGACCUCUGUUCAAAGCCUGUCUGUGAGCCUGGCUGCGGUACACAUGGAACCUGCCACGAACCCAACAAAUGCCGAUGUCAAGAAGGCUGGCAUGGAAGACACUGCAAUAAAAGGUACGGAGCCAGCCUCAUGCAUGCCCUGAGGCCAGCAGGCGCCCGGCUCAGGCAGCACACGCCUUCACCUAAAAAGGGGGAGGAUCGGCAGGAUCCACCUGAAUCCAAUUACAUCUGGUGAACUCCGACAUCUGAAACGUUUUAAGUUACACCAAGUUCAUAGCCUUUGUUAACCUUUCAUGUGUUGAAUGUUCAAAUAAUGUUCAUUACAGUUAAAAAUACUGGCCUGAAUUUUAUUAGCUUCAUUAUAAAUCACUGAGCUGAUAUUUACUCUUCCUUUUAAGUUUUCUAAGUACGUCUGUAGCAUGAUGGUAUAGAUUUUCUUGUUUCAAUGCUUUGGGACAGAUUUUAUAUGAUGGCAGUUGAUCCGGUUAAAAUUUUGUCUUUUCAGUGUGGAGUUGGCAGAUAAGUCCCAAAAUCACAAUGCAUUCAUGGUGUCAAGGGGUUGGGAGUACAUUAGAGAAGGUAAAUGGAACAAAUAUGCAUAAAUCACAAGGGUUUGGAUGACGCAGUUAACAGUGCUGAAGUUAUAGCAUUUCAAAUUUUAUUGUCAUGUAUUUAGACAUUUGUCACAUAUUUUUUAAUUGCCCUUAUUUUUAAACUCUGAGUACAAUACAUUUUGACCUUACCAUGAUUCCAGAGAAUUCACUAUUAAAAAGAAAGAAAGAAAGAAAGAACACUGUGGUAGUGGCAUUUAAACAAUAUAAUAUAUUGUAAACACAGUAAAAUAGGGAAUAUAAUGUAUGAACUUUUGGCAUUGGCUUGAAGCAAUAUAAUAUAUUGUAAACAAAACACAGCUCUUACAUAAUAAACAUUUUAUACUGUUUGUAUGUAUAAUAUAAAGGUGCUGCUUUAGUUUUCAGAGUGUUGUGUGGAGUGGUCUUUGCAUACUAUCUUCUGGAAAUAAAGUUGGUUGCACCUGA